CUUUAGUGGGAUAUCGACAGGGUUGCAUUUGCCAAUGUUUUUCAAUUUUUUUAUUGUAAAUAAAAACAAAAAUAUUUUGCGACAAAAUCCGAGAGCUGAAUCGAAGGAAAAACUUUUAAAGGUCGGAUUACGAGCAAAAAGUGUAGCAACCAUUACAACCGCGUGAGUCAUCCGUAAGAAGCAAAAGUUGUUCUUUUACGAAAGUAUGCCCGGUUUGGAACACAUUGAGGCCAUGGCUUCUACCCCAGCACCCGCUGCCACCUCGAUGGCAACCGAAACAGACGAUCCACACCCACACCAGGCUGCCCGUGAAUUAACCCAAACGGAUCAUCUGAACAGACGUCUCUUGAAAUCUCUUUUGGACACGAUGCAGAUGCAAAUGCAGUCUACGGACGAUGCGAUAAGGGGUAACGAAGACGGCAGCAACGAUGAGUCUAGCAACGAAUUUGAUGAAUAAAUUCUAUAAUACUAUGCUUA